AUGGCCAACACUCAGGUUUUGACCUCUCCGGCUGAACCAACAGCCCAAGGCAUCAUCAAAACUUGGGCCAGAAAGCCUGACCCUAGUCUCAUCAAGACGAUCGACUUCAGUGACUUCUUGUCAGGAGACGAGAAGCGGGUGAAGUUUUGCCUAAGCGAGCUUCACGAAGCCUGCGUCGAGCAUGGCUUCUUCCAGAUCAUCAACCAUCCUGUGUCUCUCGAAACGCAAAAGGCCAUUCUGAAAGCUUCCGCUGAUUUCUUCACACUGCCACGUGAGGAGAAGGCAAAGCUGGAUCAGCGCCAGAACGAUCACAACCGGGGCUACCAGACUCUUCUUUCGCAGAAGUACAAGGAAGAAGAUACAGCGCCAGAUCUGAAGGAGGGCUACUACGUUGGCCCUGAGCUAUCGUGGGACCACCCGCAAGUUGUCGCUGGGAAGUUCGCUCACGGACCGAACUACUGGCCCGAAAGCCUCGGACAAGAUUUCCAGGACGUCUGCAUGGACUACCUUGAGCAACUCAACUUCCUCAGUGUUGAAGUACUCCGAGCUGUCUCCAUGUCGGUAGACGGCAACGUCGAAGAGACCAACGAAUUCAUCAAGCACUUCACCGAAGGGCCCAUCACCUACUUCAAGAUGAACCAUUACCCGAAGCCACCUCGAAUGGACGACAUCGGCCAGAAGGGCCAUGGAGAACACAAAGACUUUGGCUUCGUCACUCUCCUCCUGCAAGAUGGUAAUCCCGGUCUCGAAGUCUGGGACGCGCCGUCCGAGUCCUGGAUCGACGUGCCACCGACGGAAGGCGCCUUUGUCGUCAACCUCGGCAAUCUGCUCGAACGCUGGACCAAUAGCAAGUACCUUUCGAAUGUCCACCGCGUACUGAACUUCUCUGGUACCGACCGCCACUCUAUUGCGCACUUGUACCACGGCAACCCUGAUUACAUGAUUGAGGCUAAGAAGUCGUGCUACGACCCCGCCGUAGGACCAGAGUUUGGGCCCAUCAGGAUUGAGGACUUCGUCCGGGGUAAGUACGAUGAAGUGUACGCAAGAGCGGGUGUUAUUCCAACGGAACACAAGGCCCAUUAG